ACUCCGCCACGGUCACCCCAACAAAAAUGUUUAGGGACCGAAAGUGUCUCCUGAUUCCACGUUUGUGAACAGUAAGGCCUUCUGAGAUAUUAAAGUUGAAUUUUCCCGGUUAAACUCUGACUCCAAGUCGUGGCGAAUCGGCUAAGGCAAAAUAAGAGUCAGCGGUUGAUGAAGCGAGGGCACGGGAUGCUGGCGCAGGUUGCGGCGUCGCAGUGGUUGUGGAGCCUGGAGCAGGCAACGGAGGCGGUCCACUUUUCCCCAGAUGCUUUCCCGCAGAAGCAGCCAAGAUUACGUAAUAAUAACGAGGACGCUCGCCCAUGCUCGGUGCGAGCCGCCUACACUCCCUGGGAGCUACCCGCACGGGGCAGUCUCGUACCCGAGAUGUCCUAAUUUUUUGUCCUCUAGGUGGCCAUCUGACCGCCUUUUUUCCUCCACAGAACUGGGAAUCCGUUGCCUCCUGCGACUUAGGUUGGAAGUUAGGUAGUUUUCGGUAGUUGCAGAGUAGUUUCGAAAGGGUUGAGCCCGCCCAGAGACUCGCGUGCGUCCCAGAUCGGAUCCGCCUGUGUCACCCACCGCCAUGGCCAAGGCAGCAGCGAUGGACGUCCACUCUGCUUUGAAGGAGGUGCUGAAGAUCGCCCUGGGCCACGACGGCCUGGCACGAGGGAUUCACGAAGCUGCCAAAGCCUUAGGCAAGCGCCAGGCCCACCUCUGUGUGCUGGCAUCCAACUGUGAUAAGCCCACGCACACCAAGUUGGUGGAAUCCCUUUGUGCUGAGCACCAGAUCAACCUGAUUAAGGUUGAUGACCACAAGAAACUCGGGGAAUGGGUAGGCCUCUGCAAAAUUGAUCGGAAGGGGAAACCCCGGAAAGUAAUAGGUUGCAGUUGUGUGGUGGUUAAGAACUAUGGCAAAGAGUCUCAGGCUAAAGAUGCCAUCGAAGAGUACUUCAAAUGCAAGGCAUGAACGGCAAUAAAAUCGGCUUCUUUUCGUUUUAAGUUCCUAAAAACAUAGAAAAGUAGCAGUAUCUCAAACUCUUGCGUUUUCGUUGGGAAUAAUAGCACUUUUUAGGUUCUCUUCCAAAUGUAAACUUUGCAUACUAUGUUCGUAUUGAUAAUGGAAAUUAUAAAUUAUAAAUUCAUCUGUU